AUGCUGUCACGAAGCUCUCUCCGGACCGCCCAGGUCCUUCGCGCCGCUGCCCAGCCCCAGCAGCUCAGCCGAUCCUUCGCCACCGUCCAGUCCGACAUCUUCAAGCCUGCCAAGUUCGGCGGCAAGUACACCGUCACCCUGAUUCCCGGAGACGGUAUCGGUGGAGAGGUUGCCGAGUCCGUCAAGACCAUCUUCAAGGCCGACAACGUCCCCGUCGAGUGGGAGCAGAUCGAGGUCUCCGGUGUCGAGGAGAGCGCCCUGCGAACCGAGGAGGCCUUCCGCGAGAGCGUGGCCUCGCUCAAGCGCAACAAGCUCGGCCUCAAGGGCAUCUUGCACACUCCCGUCAGCCGCUCCGGCCACCAGAGCUUCAACGUGGCCAUGCGCCAGGAGCUGGACAUUUACGCCAGCAUCUCCCUGAUCAAGAACAUCCCCGGCUACGAGACCCGCCACAAGGACGUCGACCUGUGCAUCAUCCGUGAGAACACCGAGGGCGAGUACUCCGGCCUCGAGCACCAGAGCGUCCCCGGCGUCGUCGAGUCCCUCAAGAUCAUCACCCGCGCCAAGUCUGAGCGCAUUGCCAAGUUCGCCUUCGCUUUCGCCCUCGCCAACGGCCGCAAGAAGGUCACCUGCAUCCACAAGGCCAACAUCAUGAAGCUGGCCGACGGUCUGUUCCGCAGCACCUUCCACCAGACCGCCAAGGAGUACCCUACCCUCGAGGUCAACGACAUGAUUGUCGACAACGCCUCCAUGCAGGCCGUCUCCCGCCCCCAGCAGUUCGACGUCAUGGUCAUGCCCAACCUGUACGGUGGCAUCCUGUCCAACAUUGGCGCCGCCCUGGUCGGUGGCCCCGGUAUCGUCCCCGGCUGCAACAUGGGCCGUGAGGUUGCCGUCUUCGAGCCCGGCUGCCGUCACGUCGGUCUGGAUAUCAAGGGCAAGGACCAGGCCAACCCCACUGCCAUGAUUCUCAGCGGCAGCAUGCUCCUGAGACACCUUGGCCUUGACGACCACGCCAACCGCAUCUCCAAGGCUGUCUACGGCGUUAUCGCCGAGGGCAAGGUCCGCACCCGUGAUAUGGGUGGUGAGUCCACAACACACGAGUUCACCAAGGCCAUCCUCGACAAGAUGGAGACUAUCUAA